AUGAGCUGGAGCGAGGGGCGGGCGACGGAGGUGGGGGGAGAAGUGGAUUCACACUCGGCGGAAGUCUUACUCCGCGGUCCCGUUGGUCGGCAACGGGAAGCGGUCGGAGGACCGCUUCUCGGCGACCGCAGACGGGUGAGUGUGAAGGGGAAAGCAGAAGGGAAAAAUAACGGCCCGAGGUGGGCAGAUGAGAGAAAUCCCGAUGCAGGGAUACAGAAAAAGAAGCAAACACCUGUCCACAGAACAAGUAAGUAAAUCAAUCUAAUAAAAUACAGAAGCUAUAGCAUAAUUACAGCAUAAAUACAGAACAAAUACUGCACAAAUACAGAAUAAAUACUGCAUAACUACAGCAUAAAUACAGAGCAAACACUUCAUAAAUACAGCAUAAAAACAGAACAAAUACUGCACAAAUACAGAAUAAAUACUGCAUAACUACAGCAUAAAUACAGAGCAAACACUUCAUAAAUACAGCAUAAAAACAGAACAAAUACUGCACAAAUACAGAAUAAAUUCACCAAAUAAUCCACAGCCAUCCAAAUAACAGGAGGCAGUGGUACUCUGACCUGUACUGACUGCGGAGCAGCAAAGAAAGAGGAAAUAGUUAGUUGGGAGGAGCCUUUUAUAGAUUCCUGAUUUUUUUGUCUCUGGUGUUUUUAUCUAUAUGUUAGUGUGCUGCUGUGGAGUUCUAGUAAAGAGAGACUUAAGCAAAUAUUCGCCUCCUGUCAUGUUAUAAAAUUUUAGAUAUCUUGUCAGCAACCAAAUUAUUAUUAACAAGAAACUGGUUGUCAACCAAAGUAGCAACCUGGCUUGAAAUUAAAACUCAGAUUCUUACACAAUGUUCUAUGGAAAGGGGGGUGAUAAGUCAAUAUUACUGGAAUAGGAUAGAAUUUAAUUUCUGGAAUAAUUGGUUAGAGAUUAGAUAAAGAUUAACCCAAUAAACAUCUGAAGCCAUAGCUUAUAACACAAAGUCAAAGUUCUCCCAUAAAGAGGUAAAAUACAAAGAAAUAGUCCCCCGUACAAUAAAAUAAUAUGCUAUACUCAACUCCUUAUUGCUCGCGUUUCCACAUGAUCCGCUAAUUGUUAUUUAUUUUUUUUCCUUUUUUGAUGUAGUCUAGGUCUAUUAUGGUAUGUUUUUAUAUAAUUGUAUGUCCAGAAAAAAAAAAGAAUUAAAGCCAGUGUAAUGUUUGCUUUGUUCACACACUUUAUGAUUAAAAAUCCAAAAAGAUUUACAAAAUCCAAAAAGAUUUACAAAACAUAAAUACCCUUCCUUAUCAGCAUUUUAAUAGGGACCCUUCAUUGCUCAGGGUCUUUAAUACUGCAUUUAUCUAUUCCCUGUAUUUAAUGAAUGUGUGCUGGGAGUUGUGAAAAAUGUAAUUAAAUGCAGAAAGCCAUGGGGCUAUAUUCACCUCUGUCCUGGAACUGAGCGACUUCAUUUUAGCUCCCUGCCCUUUACUCCUGAAAGCCCCCUUAAAGAGAGGAUAGAGAAAGAAGAAAAAACUGCUAUUGGUGCACUGAAUGUCCAGAACUGAACUAAAUUGUCAUGUCAACUGCUAAACAUACAGUAUACAUUUAGAAGAAAACAUAAAAUCACAAGAAAACAAGGUUAACACAAGUUAUAGGUGAUUAUCAAGAUUUUAUUCAGUGGUCUAAUUUGCAGAACUGUGACAGCUCUCCUUUAAGUAUAAUUUGUGAAAUCGCUUGACAACCAAUGAAAAACAAUCAUUUUUAAUCUUGCAGCAUAUUAUGGUUUCGCCAUAUAAAUUUCAAGCGUAACUAAGCAUUUUUUACACCUAUACUGCCAGUUUUAUUUUUCUAAAGCAGUGAGCGGGGAUCCUAAGGCUGAACUGGAAUGCAUCGGGCAAGAACUAGCUUGUGUUCACAGUUAAAUAAUUGUGCAUGGACAAAUUGGUUCCACUGUAAUUAAAAUAUAAUAAUCAUCUCAGACUCCAAAGAUGUGAGGGGAAGGACAUUUUUUAGCAUGACUCCAGAAUUCUUUUGAAGGCAGAUUCUGCAAGAUUAGUUACAAGAUAGCAUUGAUAUGUUUUAAACCACUCAAUUAACCAAGGAGACUGGAUACAUAGAACACGGUGCUUCCAGAGGUCAUAUCAACAUUUUCAAGACAGAGAAAUAUGGUGUCUGUGCAAGAUUUAAGGCCCAAAGUACUUAGAAAGGUCAUAGCAUAUAGAUUACGAUAAAAGCUUAAAGGGUGCUUGCUAAGAGGAGUACUUUUCAAAACAGAAGGUAAUUGUGAAGGUGAUAGGUGACCUGUUCACUUAAAAUUAUGAAAUAGGAAAAACAAAAUAAAAGGUGCUUUAUGUAAACUCUUAAGGGGAUGGUUGUCUUUCCAAUAAUUAAGAUUGAUGAUUGGAAGGGCACGGAAGCCUAAAGGUUGACCGCAGGUGAGAGGAUGUGGGGCUGAUUAAAAGCUUAGAAGAUAGGGCCUUAAAAGCCCACUGAUUUACAGUAUAGGCAUUAGGGCUAUUGUCCCUUGACCCCACCUUUAAUUUAUCACUUGCCCCAGCUGAUAGAAGCUAAGAUUAUGUUUUGGAAAUAAAUUCAAAUGGUUUUAGAAUGUACACAAAAAGAAUUCUAUGCAGAGGACGAUUUUAUGUGAACAUUGAACGAACCUUAGUAAACAGAAGAUUGCAAAUGUUUUAUUCAAACAGACAUAGCUAUUAUGUAGCAUUAUAGUGCAGAAACAGAAUUCAUUUUUAUAAUGCUAAUUUUAUUUAUUUUAGUAAAUCUGCUAUCCAACAAGGAAUGGACUGCACUACUUCUUUACAUUGAUGUUGAGGAAUUUGUUUGAAAGGAUUGCUGUAAUCUAUUGCCAUGGGGGUUUUGAAAAUAAACAGUUGGUUUAAGGUCCUGCCACAGCAUCUCAAUGGAGCUGAAGUCAGGACUUUAGCUGGGCCACUCUAAAAUGUAUAUUUUCUUUAUGUUGUACCAUUCCGAGGUGGACUUACUCUUGUGUUUUGAUACAUUGUACUGUUUUAUCACAUAAUUAUGCUCCAUCUUCAGAUCAUGGAAUGAUGUCUAGACAUUAUCCAUAAUAUUUUUCUGGUAAAAAGCCAAGUUUAUGGUUCCUUCGAUAAUGUCAAUCCUUUCAGGCCCUAAGGCAGCAACGUAUCCGUACACUAACAUUCUUCCACCACCAGGAUUUACUAUUAGUAUAUGACGUUCCUAUUGUGACCUGACAUAACAGGACGGUUUUAAAAAAAUCUCCACUUUUGACUCAUGUGUUCUCUGAGCAUUAUCCUAAAAUGCUUGGGGUUCGCCAAUGGCAUUUUUUGUAAACAUGAGAUGAGCUAAAUGUUCCUCUUAGUUAGCAAUGGUUUGCACAUUGAAAUCCUUCCACAAAUCCCGUUUCCAACUGGUCACUUUUUUACUGUUCAGUCAUUAACACUGACUCUAGCUGAGGAUAGAAAGCUGAACUUCAGUAGAUGUUGUCCUGUAUCUUUUUGACUUUCUUGAUGAAUCAUUGAUGCACCAUUGGUGUAUUUUGGUAGGUUGGUCACUCCUAGAAACAUUCACCACAUUUCAUGUUAUCUUCAUUUAGAGAUUAUGGCUCUUACUGUGGUUUGCUACAAUUCAAAAUAUGAAGAAAUAGCUUUUUAACCUAUUCCAGUGUGAUGUAUUAACUUCCAGAUUAUCUUUUGAUGUAGACAUACUGUGCUACUUGUUAAGUUCUAUACAAUGUUUACAUUCAAAGGGGUUGACAGCGAUCAAGCCUGAUCGCGUUUGCUCUAUUUGAAACCAAUGAUUAAUUACAUUUGGUUAGCAAGUUGGCUGAGUAACUAAUGGGGUAAUUAGUUUACAAACAAGGGUAAGUAGUGUAGCUUUUUUUUCUUAAAUUAAAAUGUAAAAACGGAAUUUUGCAUUUUCUUGGGUUUUCUUUGUCUAAGAAAAAGAGGAACUUCAUGAAUGGAUGGGUGGAUGGAUGGAUGGAUGGAUGGAUGACUGGAGAGGCAGAUAGAUUUCCAAAGCUGUAGAAAAAUAUUCUGUAGCCUAAUUGGGGUAUUUAGUAAUACUUCUCUGUGCCACUUCACAUGGAGUUGUGAUCUGAAUAUGUUACUAACAAUCAAUCCAUUUUGAUAUUUCUAUGACAAACAAUACAGCAAACAGUUUUGGUAAUAAUCCAUAUUCAUUGCUCUGCUUUCCGUGCCGGUGCUUCUAAUGUAACUGGAAGAUGUUUCAGAUGCCUCAUCUCGUAAUAUAAAUAUAAUAUUUAAAGAUAGUGGCUUGUGGACUCAAAAGUUUGUUUUCUGAACUUUGUAAAUUCCCUCACUGUAUCUCUGUGUGUAACUUGUGUAAGUAGAUCCCGCAAGUAUGACUCAUGACUGCAACGUUUAGAGAUUGGUAAUUAUAUGUGUCAUGAAAGUACCUGGACCCUGUAAUGAAGUGGAUGUUGUUGGCUGAAACACCAGGAGGAUUAGUAUUUUCUGUAGUUCCUUUAUUUCCUCAUGCCAUGGGGUUACGGGACACUGCUUUUUAAGUAUAUAAAGCAAAUUCAACAACUCUGUCACCUAUAGACUGUAAGCUCAUUUGAACAGGGUCCUCUUCAACCUAUCGUUCCUGUAAGUUUUUCUGUAAUUGUCCUAUUUAUACUUAAAUCCCCCCUCUCACAAUAUUGUAAAGCGCUACGGAAUCUGUUGGCGCUAUAUAAAUGGCAAUAAUAAUAAUAAUAAUAUACACAGUAACUGGAAUUAGAACGACAAUCUCACUGCUAUCCAGUUAUCACUAGACAUAAAAGACAAUUAAAGAUUUGAAACAUAAGCCCCAGAUCCAGAGAGCUGCCACUGUCCUGAAUGAGAUUCACAAAAUGAACCUCCUGCACCUGUGUAGGUGUGACUCUUUGAAGCUCCAAUAACUGCUACAGCAGGUAAUCAUUAGCUACAUUGCAGCAGUUCUGCAAAUUAACCAUUUCCUCAAGGAACUGCUUGUACACACCAUUACAGACCCUCUUAUCUUAAUCAACGUUUAAACCAUCUGGCAUUAUUAGAGCAGAGCCCAAGUGACACUUUUUUUAUUUUACGUUUGUGUUUCUCCAAGGGGAAUUAGAUAUGUUUCCUUCAUCAUUCCAGAAAUAUAAUAAUUGUACCAUACUACAUAAUUAUACCCAUUUGAUAUAUUGCUUACUAAAGCUAAGUUUGCCUUUCAAAAAUUUGAUAAAAUAUAAUCGGAUUUAGGGGAUGAGUAUUUUUUUAUUUUAGUGCCUCAUUGAGAAUGUUUUAAUCUGUGCAGAUUAUCUAUAUUGUAGAUGAGUUCCUGAUAAUCACCAGGCAAUUAAUUCAAUCUAUGGCCUGCUGCACUAAUACUACUAAAUCCUACUAAAAAUAAUAGUCUGCUUUGAAAAUCCAACAACUUUGCAGACUUUCAUUUAUUAAUAUAUGCUUUCUUCUUUUGGGUAUUUUAGUUAGCACAAUGGUCACUUCAAUUUUUUAUGUUAAUCUAAAUGAUAUAUGUUCAUCAACAUCAAAUUCAUGUGCCUGAUUGUGGAGUAUAUAUUAACCAGAGGCCAUCUGACUGUCUGUAGCACCAGAGAGAGAUUAAGAUUCAAUGGUGCCCUAGACAGGUUGCCCAUUUGGGGGACUCCCUUCAAUGGUCACAUAUUGAUGGUUAAUGGGGAAAGGCCAAUUCAUGGUUCUGGGGUCCCAUCUUACCCCAGGGCCCUAGGCAACUAUGGUUAAUCACCUUAUGGUUAAUCAAUCUCGUCAUGGCCCUGUGUAUUCACAGGUACUUUUCGAUAAUGUCAAAUAUCUGGACUGCUUUCAUUCCAACAAAGAGCUAUCUCCAAACUAUAAUAUUUAUUGGUCCGCGACUUUGCAACCUCUCUGAGUAUGGGAAAGGGAAGGGACAUUUAGAUUGAACCAUGCAGGUGUGUUCAGCCACUUUCCCUGAUAUAAAUGCAUAAUUAAUACAUUUCAUAUCGGUGAUAUGGACUGGAACUCCAAAAGAAGACUUCAUUGUAUUUGGCAGUGUUUUCUUUGAUAGGGACUAGAAUCAGGCAUACAGAGACAUGCAUUGUAACACCUACUAAAUGGAACAUAAAAUAAUAAAAUAAUAAUAAUAAAAUCUUGUCAAAACCAUAACAUGCAAAAACAGUUAUUCACACAUUGAGGUGGGGGGAGUCAGGAGAAUCCUUACGCAUUUCAGAUCGCUCAGUUCUUAGUAGUGAAUAUUUUUUUCAAGCUGUUUUUAUGCAUAAGGUGCUACUGUUUUGCUUAGAUUGCCAUCUGACCGUUCUAAGCCAACCUGCAGUGCUCCUGCCCAAUGCAGUCCAAGUUUAUUUACGUGCCACAGCCUUGCAAUAAUAAAUUUGCACACAAAAAAGAUAACAGAAAAUAUUUUUGCCUGAUUGAGAACUAAAGAAAAUUAAGUAACUUGGAGGAAACAGAUUGUUGAUAGAAGUUAAUUGGGUCUGGAAACUAAAAUGGAGAUUAGGUUCGCUGUGAAAGGGUAAUUAAGAGAUAGUUAGAUUAGUAAGGAGAAAGAUUACUUAAGACAAUCAUGUUGAGGGAAUUAGAGUCAUAUCUAUUAUCACAACAAUGAUUACAUACAGGUGUCAAAGAAAAUGAAUUUAUUGUAUCUGGACAGCAGAUGUUUUCACAGAGACAAGAAAUUAGGGGAAGACAUAAACAAUAUUUAGUGACAUAACCAGUCUGAAAAAAAAAGAUUCGGACAAAAUUUGUUUGCUUCGGUAUAAUUCUGAAUAUUACCAUUUCUAAUCAAAAUUCAAUUUACAUUUUUUCAGAACUGAAAAAGUUUGGAAAUCUAAACCUUAUCUGUAUGGAAUAUUCAAAAAAAUGUUCACUGUGUACACACCUAGUAGCGUCUGCCACUUAACACCAACUUUGAAUCACUAAUUUACAGUUUAAAAGUUGUUGUUUUUUUAUUGAAAGGACACUAUAUGCACCUCUUUUCCUUCACUGCAAUAUUUGGAACGAAUCAAAGUUUUUUACACAAAACCAAAUUUUGAAAUUGAACUGAAGAGUUGUCAACCAAAUUUCUAACCAUUUUUUUGAUGUACACAAGUUUUUAAAAUAUUGUGUAUGUAACACACAGUAAUGGUGAAACAUGCCCCAGAAAAAAUACAAAGGGCACCAAGAAUGCCACAAAUAACUAGGAUACAUUUCAGGAUGAAAAAAUAUCUGCAACGGGAAGAGUAAAGAUAAAGUUGAUGAAGGCUAUAGAUGACAUCAUGUACAAUCAGUUGCGUUCUUGGGAGCACUGUCUCCAUCUGCUGUCAAAUGUCUUCAAAUGGAUAAUGUCCCAUGUCACUAGGACUUGGGGUGUCCAGGAAUGGUUUAAGAACAUGAUAUUGUAAUCAGCUUAAUGCAGUGGCCACUUUUUUCCAGUAACAUCCCUAUUGGUCAAGGUCCACUUUUUCCGUAAUUUCAUGUUCCUUAUCCCAUUAAAAGACGAUGGUAAACAUUUAUGGGUCACUGAUUCACCAGUGUUUCAAUGCUAGGUAUGAAUGUAAUAAGAGGUUCAGAGAUUUAACUUCAGCUUUGCUUAAGCGCAUGUACAAUACACAAGCUCAAGGUUCCCCUGACAGUUAAAACAAAGCACAUCGAUAAUCUGUUCAAAAAGUCCCUGAGGCGAGGCACAGUCUGCUGGGCAUUGUCUGCUUUACAUCCAUCUAUUUUUAAUUCACAGACAAAAUAGGCAGCCUGAUUCAGGCUGGAGUGGAGCCACUUCACAGAGAGAAAAGAAACUGUCCGAGAACUCUACAGAAUAAUUAGCUCUUUGUAAUUUUAACAAGCACGGGCUCAUUCAGUGGUUUUGGAAGAGUUUGACUGAAAAUACACAACAUACCACCGAGAAAUGCCAGGCAGGAUUUUAACCCUUUUAGUAGCUGAAACUGAGCACUGAACAACGAGUAAAUGGUUAAUGCUUGAUGUAUAGGCAAGCUGGAAAAAAAAUAACGAAAACAGCAAAAACCACAAAAAUAAAUGCAAAUCUCUACUUGUUCUACAAAAAGAAAUUAGAGGUACUGGAGAUAAAUUAUUUGUUUUAUCGGUGACAAAUGCUCCUUCCCACGUACGUUUGCCACGGACUCCUGGAGGAGUGUAGAAGCUGGCCUCCUGCCCACCGACUAUCGUCGUGGUCUGAGACACCAUUUGGGAGUUAUUAUAUAUGUAGCAGGAUAGAGGACCUAACUACACUGCAUGGAUCUGAGCGCUCUUUGGAAAACUUGGGCACUCAGAUCAGGACUAUUUAACAAUGUGUUGUUUGUGGUGUCCCCUUGUUCGCAAAUCAUGUUUAGGCUUGAUUAGAAUAUUGUGCUUGUCCCAUUCUAAAUAUGAUAAAAAUGAGGCUUGAGUAUUAAUCUGUGGGUAGGCAUUAAUGUCUCUUUUGAAUAUGAUAUUGGAACACAUGGCUAUUGACAUAUCAAAGGACCCCCUAUCUAAGAAGGAAUCUAGACAUAUGGCAAACUAGAGAUUUAGUUUAUAUUUAAACCAGACUUCCAGGCCACUUAUGUGUGACUUCUCACACCUUACAGAGCAGCUCAGUUGGGGUCCCAGCCUCAAAGAGGAAUUUAGAAGAAUUUGGAGGAAUUUGGAUGCAAUCAAAUUAGCCCCUUUUGAAAAUGUAUUUUUGGAGUGUUUUAGAAUAUUGUAUAUUUUUCCGUAGAGGAUCCUGGGAGGAAAAGCCCUGUAUUAUUGCAUUGGAGACCCCAUGACGGGGUCUGUGCAUAAAAGCUGUGUGUGUUUCAAUAAACCUCAGUUGACUCCCAGGACUAUGUUUCAUCUGGUUACUGGGGGAAUGGGUAUUUACUUGUGCUGAUGGUUCCAGAGUGGCUGAAGGAAGGUAAUAGCGGAAGUAACCAUUCUGGUUACCUGUGGUCCACUACAUCUGGUGGCAGCGGUGGCAUGGUACUUCCUAGCCGAACUGAACCAGCAUUCGUUAAUCGAACAAGCAUGGCACCCAGCUACAGUGAGGCAGAGUUCGACAAUAUGUUGAAGGGGCUGCUGGCUCUCUAUGGACCCAACCCCUCCGAGUAUCUCUACAGCACACAAGGAAAGUAGUGACCGAGUACCUGCAGAACAAGGCAGAAUUGGCAAGUGAGCGGCACGGUAGGGGAUAACCCUGCCCCAGCGGCAGUGUGCAGACCAAGGAGAAAAGUGUGUCAUCCUUCCUCCACAGAUACAGG